CUUCCUUCGUUUCCACCUAACCCCGCUAUCACAUAUUUAUCUUUCUAAGUAAGCACAAAAAUGCUGCAGGCCACCCGCGCCCAGCGCCCUGCUUGCAGUGCCCGCACCUCUCGCCGGGCGAUUAUCGUCCGCGCGCAGCGUGAUGGCGUGAAGGAUCCCACCGCCGUGUCGCUGCGUGCCUCGGGCGCCGCGCUGCUGGCCGCUGCCACUCUGGCUCUGAACGUGGUCCCCGCCAUGGACCCCACCGCGGCGCUGAUGGUGCAGCCCGCGCACGCGGAGGAGGAGGCGUCCGACGAGGGCCUGAGCCCCUACCAGCGCCGCCAGCGCGAGCUGGAGCGGCGCCGCGAGAUGCUGCGCGCCGCUCGCGAGGCAGCGGAGGCCAAGGCGGGCGGCGACGCCCCCGCGGCCUCCACCGAGGCCGCUGACGCCGCAGUGGACGCCGCCAAUGCGGCGCGCUCAGCCGCGGUGGGCGGCGAGCUCAAGAGCUCCGCCGCCGCCGCCUACGAGGCCAGCAGCAGCUCCAGCACCACCCGCUACCGCGGCUUCGGCGGAUUCAACGCCGCCCCGGCGCCCGCCCCCGCGCCCGCCGUGGUGGAGCCCACGCCCGCGCCGGAGCCCGCCAAGCCGGCCUUCUCCUGGAACACGCCCGCGCCCGCGCCCAAGCCCGAGCCGGUGGUGGAGGCGAAGAAGCCUGAGCCCAAGAAGGCUGAGCAGCCCAAGAAGGAGGAGCCCGCCGGCAAGCAGAAGCGGCGCGGCCCGCUGCCCCUGUUCCUGGCCGAGGUGGUGGUGCUGGGCGGAUUCGCCGGCGUGGUGGCGGCCGCGACCAAGUACAGCGCCGAGACCAACAAGGCUCUGGCUCUCGCGGGCGCCAAGGUGAAGGAGCUGUACGGCAUGGCCGAGUCCGCGCUCGCCAAGGCCAAGUAGGCGGCCGCCACAGGCCGCCUGCAGGCUAGUGGACUGAAACGGACCGGGAUGAGGAGGAAGAGGAGGAGGAGAGGAGGAGGAGAAGGAGGAGGAGAGGAGGAAAAGGAGGAGAGGAGGAGGAGGAGCCGGCUGCAGUUGGUGGCCCGGUUGUACAGCAGCUGCGGCCGCAAUGCGACAGCACUGUGUGCGGCGACGGCCCUUGUCGGGCAAGCACCAAGGCGGGUGGACGUAGGAUGACCUGACUUUGGGCUGAGGCGUUGCCAGUAUUCUUUGGUUCUCGAGAGCGGACGGUGUUUAUGUGUGUGUACAUGCUGUUGAUCGGGAAUGGCGUGGCAGCUGGCACAGAGUGGUGCGUGAGUGUUUUCGUCAUGUGUGCGCGGGGCCUUGAGGUGCUGUACGGAUGUCGCCGCGGCAGGGACACGGAGCCGGCCGUGGUAGCUCGCACCCGGUGCCUGCAUCAUCAUGCAGUGCUACGCCGCGCCGGCGGCUGUCGAGAUGUGCUUGCAGGGUUGGGGUUCUAGGCAGGGCUCUCGGCGAUGAGUUGGUUAGCUAGAUGCAAUGUGUUGUGUGGCACGACCCCCCUGAACCGUCAGCACGGCCGUGCUGCGCAUCCUGUCACACCUGCUCUGCUGCUUUGUAACACUGUGUUGGGUUAGAUGUGUUAGACUGCGAGUUAUCCGGACCCCUCACGAGCAGGUGUGUGCUGGGUGGGACGGACACUGCCUGCGCCGGCGCUGCCGAGUGCCGACCUGCUUGGUGCAGUAGGUGCGCUUCAAGCUUGUGGCUGUGUUUGCGCUUUCGUGUAAAGGAGCAUGCCU